UUGGGGGUGUGUAUGGCCGAUGAUGUAAGCGAGGAGGGAGGGAAAAGCCCCCUUAGCGCUCAGCAUGAACGCUCUGUAGCAAAAGGAUGUGCGAGCAAGCAGCGCGCUACUGCAGGGACGGCGUCCAAAAACUGCUCCACAAAGAACAACCCAAACUCCGGGCCCAGGACAGCAAAGAUCAGCCGAAACCCGGAGCACCGGUCAGCGAUACGGCAACGGCUGCACAGUCCGGCAACAGCGGCGCCCAGUCCGGCGGAAUAGACGGGCUUGUCCGCUGGAUAGUAACCAAGAUGAGCGACAACAAAAGCAUCUCUUCCCGGGAAUACGUGAAGGAGGAGGCGGCGGUUGCCCAGGAACAGUUUUUCGCACCCGAGCCUCGCAAAGGCACCUCCGUUAUCUUGGAUAUUUUCCGAAGAGCAGAUAAGGAUGAUGACGGGAAGCUCUCCCUGGACGAAUUCCAGGCCUUCUUCUCGGAUGGCAAUCUGAACGAGGAGGAGCUGGAGAAGUUGUUUCACACGAUUGAUUCGGACAACACCAGUAAUGUUGACACUAAGGAACUCUGUGACUACUUUGUGAAGCACAUGGGUGACUAUGAGGGUGUGCUGGCCUCGCUGGAGACACUGAACCUGUCCAUCCUCAAAGCCAUGGACUUCACCAAGAAGGUCUACGAACGAGGGACCAACAUGGAGCAGUUUGUGACGCGCUUCCUGCUGAAGGAAUCGGCCAAUCAGAUCCAGUCCCUGCUGAACUCCGUGGAGAGCGCUGUGGAUGCCAUCGAUGAGCAGCACGGCCAGUCAGGGCUGUGUCCGAGCAAAACGAGCCCCCGUGCACCAGACAGCUGCUAUGUGAGCCCUGUGCCCGACUACCCUCCCAACAACAGGGUGAGCGCCAAGGUGACCAUGCGGACCAUCAGCCCGAGCGCAGGAAUGGGGGAGGUGCAGAAGGAGGGGCUGGAGAUGCAGAUCAACCGGCUGGCUGAGCUGAUUGGGAGGCUGGAGAACAAGACAGUGUGGUUUGACCUUCACCAGAGGCUAACAGACUCCGAUGGCGCAACCAGUGCAUGUCUCUACUUGAUCCGCCAGGAGAUGACCGUGUCCCAGAAGCAGCUGGGGGAGUUCUGCGAGGCCCUCAAGCAGUAUCUGAAGAACGUCUCUGCACAGCAAGACUGCUUCCAUGUGACAGCAGUUCGGCUACCGGAUGGAGUCUCCUUUGUAGUAUACGAAUUCUGGGAAGGAGAAGAGGAGUGGAAAAGACACGUGCAGACCGCCGCCUGCAAGGCCUUCCAGCACGUGAAGGUGGACACGCUAUGCCAGCCUGAGGGCGUCGCCUCCAUCGCAGUGCCAGCCGCCUGGUGCACCCUGAACAGAGACUGAUUCGGUCCCACGUCUCCUGACGUGCUCGUCCGCAACAGGAGCCCCUGUACCCCCCACACCCCCACCCCCUUCAGUGACUUGUUUCAGAUACAUCGGUUAGGUAUUACAGGCCAUGUGCAGUGGAGAGAUUGGUGUGAAAAAGCAAAGAAAUGUAGAUGUAGCCAAUCGAAAAACAAACCUUUCACUUGUGGUCUUUCCCCCAGGAGUUAAGUGUUUGUGGCUGAGGCUUGACUUUUCCUGUGCCAAGCCCGGACCGGUUUAAGCACAACGUAUACAGACAAUACUUUAAAAAGCAAACCAUAAAUCAAGAACUUCUGCUGACAUUCUUUAAACGAAUCAUUCUUACCAUUUUUUUCCUCUCCAAGCUAACAAGUGGUUUGAGUCAUUACACCUCAAUCCCACUUUGGGUAGUCUAGCUUGGAGGCCAGACUCUGUAUUGCAUUAGAUGUAGAUAAGGGCUGGCUUUGGAGUGAGUUUACCGUAACUACCAUAUUUAGGUUACAAACAGGGUAGGUUUUCCAUAUAAGCUCAUGGGAGUUUUACUUACAAAAUAAUGUUCUGAGGGCAGAAGGA